CCGCAUGAAGAGAGCUGCAGCUGCUUUGUUUUGUUCACUUUGUUGAUGAUUACAUUUGUUCAUAUUUGUGCUGGUUUCUGUCGCCAUCAUAUCGGUAAUCAGUGGAAUAAGUUGCGUGUAAGAUCCGGGGAAAUGCACUCGUGAAUUGGCGUGAAACAAACAGUUAAUUAACCGAAGGAUACGCUCGUAACAGCAAGAACGAUGUCUCUAAGUGCCAGUGCAGAAAACUUAACAAGAGACACACAGCCGUACGAUGGAUCUAGCAAUAUGUGUUUGGAAUUGGCCCUUGAGGGGGAGAGGCUUUGUAAGGCUGGUGACUGCAGGGCCGGAGUGGCCUUCUUUCAAGCGGCCAUCCAAGCCGGCACCGAUGAUCUAAGAACGCUCAGCGCUAUUUAUAGCCAAUUGGGAAAUGCUUACUUCUACUUGGGAGACUACACAAGAGCUAUGCAAUACCACAACCAUGAUCUUACUCUCGCCAGAACUAUGGGUGAUAAAUUGGGAGAGGCCAAGUCGUCCGGUAACCUGGGUAACACGCUGAAAGUGAUGGGACGUUUCGAUGAAGCCGUGCUCUACUGCAAGAGGCACUUGGAACUCUCCAAGGAGUUGGAUGAUAGAUUGAGCGAGGGAAGAGCUCUGUACAACUUGGGCAACGUUUACCACGCGAAAGGCAAACAUAUCGGUCGCGUGGGACAGAAAGAUCCGGGCGAAUUCUCAGCGGACGUCAAGACCUGCCUACAACAAGCAGUUUCACAUUACGAGGAGAAUUUGACGCUGAUGCGCGAACUGGGCGAUAUAGCGGCUCAAGGUCGGGCCUGUGGAAAUUUAGGUAAUACCCAUUACUUGCUAGGCGACUUCAAGCAAGCCAUCAAGUACCACGAAGAGCGUUUAUCCAUUGCGCGUCAAUUCGGUGAUAGAGCUGCGGAGAGGAGAGCCCACAGCAACCUGGGCAACUCUCACAUCUUCAUGGGUCAAUUCGACGAGGCCGCGCAUCAUUACAAGAAAACUUUAUCUUUGGCACAAGAGUUAGGAGAUAGAGCAGUUGAAGCUCAGGCCUGCUACAGCUUAGGUAACACGUACACACUUCUUCGUGAUUACAACACAGCGAUAGAGUACCAUCUCAGACAUCUUCUGAUUGCCCAACAUCUGGAUGAUAGGGUAGGCGAGGGCAGGGCUUGCUGGUCUCUGGGCAACGCCCAUGCCGCAUUGUCGAAUCACGAGAAGGCAUUGGAAUUCGCCACUCGCCAUUUGGAAAUCAGCAAAGAAUUGGGUGAUCCAAUGGGCGAAGCCACCGCCAAGAUGAACAUCUGCGAUUUAAAGAAGGUUCUCAAUUUGCCUAACAGUCCGGAUUCGGAUAGUAGUAGUAGUAGCACUGCGAGCUGCAAGACACCCAAAUCGGAUAGAGAUAUGGGGCCCGUGAUGAGCCGUCUUAAUAGGGUGAGACGUGAUAGCAUGGAACAGCUUGAUCUGAUUAAGAUGACACCCGACGGAAAACAAAGGGGCGGAUUGUCCGUAUUGAACGCGCCCGUGACAACAACGGAAUCUCCUCAGCGCUUAAAUGAAGACGAGGACUCGUUCUUCGAUCUACUCUCGCGCUUCCAGUCGAAACGCAUGGACGAUCAACGGUGCUCCCUCAAUGUCGACAACAAGGAGAACACGAAUCUCGUUAAUUUGCCCAAAGACGGCCCCGCCGAUCUUCUAGAUAUGAUCGUCGGUAUGCAGAGCAAACGGAUGGAUGAACAGCGGGCAGUUUUACCUCAUCUUCCAGGAUUACAAGUUGGAUCUCUCCAACGUCUCUCGGAGAACGCGAGGAACAACAGUGUACCCGAUGAUAACUUCCUGGAGCAGCUGGCCAGAUGCCAGAGUUCCAGGUUGGAAGAUCAGAGAUCUCCGUUGCCGGCGCCUGCCGUUGAUGCGGAAUCCGACCCGCCUCCAGUGGUGCACAGCAGCGGUGCCACCGUUCCCGACGAAGAUUUCUUCUCGCUGAUCAUGAGAUUCCAAUCCGGCAGAAUGGACGACCAACGGGCCGCCGUUCCACACACAAAUCAGAGGGUUGCGAACGGGACCAUACCACACGACUCGAGCGCCCAUCACAACAACAACAAUAACAACAACGGAAAUGCGGGCGGAAAGAAGAAGAAAUAAUGAUGAGUGCACAACCUCGACCACAUGAGUAAUAAUAAUAAUAAUAUCCUAACGAUUCGUUUUGACCCAUGACUGCCAAUUUUAUCCGAUUUUAUAAUAACAUAUGUGUGCGCGUGCGUUUUUACUUUCGUAUUUUUUAAUUGAUUUUAGGCCUAAAGCUUUUA